UUAUACACAUGUCAUGCAUGUUGUACAGCUUUUCCGUACGGUAUUUCGUUUGCUUUAUUAAUAAGGACCCAGAUCCAUCUGGUGGCAACAGUUGCACGUUAAUCAGGACAUCAUGCCGGACAGUUCAGACGAGGAAUGCCCAGAGCUUGUUGCCACGGUAACGGCCAAAAUUCCAGUCACAAUCAUCACAGGUUUUCUAGGGGCGGGGAAGACGACGCUCUUGAAUUACAUCCUCACCGAGCAGCACGACAAGAAAAUAGCGGUUAUCUUGAACGAGUUUGGCGAAGGCAGUGCGGUGGAGAAAUCCAUGUCCAUCGGCCAAUCGGGCGAGCUAUAUGAAGAGUGGUUGGAACUACGUAACGGCUGCCUCUGUUGUUCUGUCAAGGAUAAUGGCGUCAAGGCAAUUGAGAACCUAAUGCUGAAACGAGGCAAAUUUGACUACAUUCUUCUGGAGACAACCGGUCUGGCUGAUCCAGGGCCGAUUGCUUCCAUAUUUUGGUUGGACGAUGAGUUGGGAAGUGAUAUAUACCUAGAUGGCAUUGUAGUGGUAGUGGAUGCCAAGUAUGGCCCACAACAGUUAGACGAAGUUAAACCAGAUGGGGUCAUAAACGAAGCCAUUAGACAAGUAGCUUUGGCAGAUCUUAUUCUGCUCAACAAGACUGACUUGGUUGCCAGAGAAGAACUUAGUGACGUUCACAGACAGAUCAGGUCAAUUAACAGUCUUGGAAAAUUAGUGGAGACACAGCGAGCGAAGAUCGAUUUAGAUAUGAUUUUAGAUCUACAUGCUUAUGACAACACAGGAGAGAAGAGCGGACUAGAAAUUCUUCAAGAAAGAGGCCUGGAAACGAACAUCGUCUUGGACGGUCCGAGUCACCAUCUAGACCCCUCAGUCACCACAAUCACAUUCCGGCUAGAGGGCAGUAUGGUGUCCAAAGACCUAGACACAUUUAUGCAGGAUCUACUCUGGGAAAAGAAUAUUGUUGACGAGGAGAAUCGACCCAUGGAAAUUCUCAGGAUGAAGGUAAGUGAUGCUUGGUUUCUCUAAAAACAGGUGCAGCUA